AAAAAGUGAGGAAAAAGGAAAGGUGGAGAGUCCACAAUAAUUGGUAUCAAAUGCUUAUGGGGAUUCGCACUGUUGCUGAAUUCCAAGAUCUGCAAACAUCAAUUAUACAGAUUAUUUACGCUGUAAUAAUAAAUAAAAAUCACUUUAUCAUAAACAAAAGAAAGAAGACCCAAUUUUCUUGUUCUUCAUUGCUUGGCUAGUCUGCUUGCCAUUGGGUACCUGUUGUCUCUCCAGAAGAAAGAUGGAGAGUAAACAAAAGCAAAGAACCCCACACUUAAAAAAUAGUAAGAAAGAAAAGUAGCAGUAAACCAGCAGAAGUAGCAGUAGCCUAAGGUGGUUUAGUUUUUAGUGAGAGAGAAAAAGGCAUAACCAAUUAGGGCUCCGUCGGAAAGUUGCCCACAUAAAGGUGACUUGCCCCCCUCCCUCUUAACCCCCUGCUUUCCUUUUUCUUCUUCCUGUCGUUUUUCGCCCUUGGAUUCUUUUCGAUUGAAUUCACUUUGAUGGGAUUUUGUGUCUAGGAUUCGGUUUGGGGGUUGAGUUUUCGAGAUUGAUAUGGCAUUUUUCUUUUGGUAUUUGUCCUAACAUCCGACUGUAGGGUUUUGAUGAGCUGAAAUGAAAAAAUUUGAUACCCUUUUGAAGGAAGUUGAGGGGUAAGAUGAGGUGGUCGUUAGUUGAUUUUCACAUUUGAAUUUGGUUUGGUGUUUUUGGGUGAAGUAAAAUUUUGAGUGAAAUCGCGUAAGAAAGGAAAAAAUGACCACAGAAUCAAACACGGGGUUUCAUCAUGAAGAUAGUUUAGCUUCUCUGAUGAAUCGGAACGCUAUAUCUUUCCAAUCAGCUGCUAUUAGCAGUAGUUCCGAUAUGAUUCCGAUAAGUAGUUACUUUGCACCGCCGCCCAUGAUUUUGCCAGGGAAUUCCAGUAUCAUUACCACCUCCCCUUGCUUAAUCCAACCUGGAACCUCUUCUGGCUCUUCUCUCCUUCUUGAUUCCGUUACAGGGCUCAACCAUGAUACGGGGUUGGCUGUUGAAUGGUCUGUCGACGAACAGUACAUAUUGGAGGAUGGCCUUGAAAAAUAUAAAGAGGAACCAAAUAUUAUGAAGUAUAUAAAGAUUGCGGCUACCUUACCUGAUAAAACUGUACGUGAUGUCGCGUUGAGGUGUAGGUGGAUGCAAAGAAAGCGGAGGAAACCCGAAGAAUAUAUUGCAGGAAAAAAGGUGAACAAUAGGAAGGAUAAACUGGUGGAAUCAUCUUCAAAAAUGAAUAUGCCUUCAGCUCUGCCACAAAACAUGGCUGUAUAUCCUCUUGUGGUGCACCAUUUGGACCAGAAUGAAAGAAUGCUUUCUGAAGGAAUAAGUGGUACAACUAUGCAACGUUUGAAGCAAAAUGCUCAAGCUUUUACUCAAAUCACGUCCAAUCUUUCGGCAUACAAGUUACAGGAUAAUAUUGAUCUCUUUUUUCACGCAAGGAACAAUAUUACCGCCAUCCUAAAUGACAUGAGAGAUAUGCCAGGUUUAAUGAGCCAGAUGCCGCCAUUGCCUGUAUCUGUUGAUGAGGAUUUAGCAAAUAGCAUCUUGCCAGGUGCAACUAGUGUCUUGCCUAGUGCAACUCAGUCUGUCAAUGCUAUAUUCUUGCAUUCAACUUGUACAUCAGCUGUCCAUUGGCACAUUCAAACUUCAAUUCUUGACAUGACCGUUAUUGCUCCCCUUGUGAUGACUUGCAACCUUGCAUCUAGCCAUUCUUAGUGUAUGGUUUAGGUCACAUAAGGUGAAUACUCAACUUUAUUGUAAUCUUCUGUUGCUCCUGGUACAUUUGGACAAAGAUAGAGGUGCUGAGGAAGGGGUUGAAUUUUAAACCUCAAGGUCAACCCUCCAUACUGUUACUCAUGCUGUCAGCUAAUGUAGAUAUAAUGGCAGGAAACUAAUUGCCCCACAAGGCAAUAGGUGGUAUGCAAAUGUUUGAGCUAGUGAGCAAUGGUCACUCAUUAAUCCACUAACUUGCCAUGAGAAAUUAUAAUUUACGUAUGAUGCAUACUUGUUUGCACUUGUGAUACCUUGUUUGUCUUCUGUGUCCAGUCGAUGAUUUAUGGCUUGUCAGGCGGGGUCCAUCUCAAGCAGGAGCCAAGGUGCUGAUAGGGAAUUGUUGAGAUUGAGGUUGGAUAUAUCUGCUCUGUGUAAUUACAAAAAAAAAUUUCUACUGUAAAUGCAUAAGAAGCUGGUAGGAUGCUGUUCUUCCUCUUCUGUACACAAAUACUCAUCACACAUUGGGUGCCUCAAUGGAAAAAUUUGUAGAGAUCCCCAUUUUUGGAACCUGAAAUGUUUACCCUCCAGAUAUCAAAAACCAAGCACCAGAUAAUAAGAAUGCAGACUGGUCAUCAUCUCCUGGCUCCAGGCAGAAAAAGAAAAAUUGUCUAACAGAUUGAGCUGAAUUUUGCAUUGAAGUUUCAUGUGUAUAAUUUAUAACUUGCUGCACCUUGGAGUGGAUAUUUGGUGCUUGAUUUAUAACUGCUUGUAGUUUGUUAAUCUUCUUGUUUCAGUAUUAGACCAAUACGAAUGCUUGAUAAGGUCAA